AGUCUACUCUUUAUUCCUUCAGCGCGCCCUCUUCUAACCGUAUCUCAACGGCGACGGAUUGCGUUACCGUUCCCGUUGCCUCUUCAUAGUAUUCGCCGUUUCUCUAUCGCACCAAGUCAGCCAACUAUUUUCUACUUUAAUGGCGACCAAAACCAUAAACCUCAACAACAAAGUCAUUGAUGACGACGACAGUCUCUGCUCCGAGACCACUACAACUUGCACUAUUCCUUUGGAUCUAGAAGAGACACAGUCCUUGGUUUUGAAUCGUCCAAAUGGGUACUUGAAAGGAGAGUCACGGAUAGAGAGAGCGUGGUCUCAUUGGAUGAAGCUAGGCGAGCCCAAACUUAUAGUAGCACCAAUGGUUGACAAUUCGGAACUGCCUUUCCGUCUUCUGUGUAGAAAAUAUGGUGCAGAAGCUGCUUAUACUCCUAUGCUUCACUCCCGUUUAUUCUCCGAGGAUGAAAAGUAUCGCGCUAUGGAAUUUACAACUUGCAAGGAGGACCGUCCACUUUUUGUCCAAUUCUGUGCAAACAAUCCAGAUACUUUGCUGGAAGCAGCUCGAAAAAUCGAGCCUUAUUGUGACUAUGUGGACAUCAACUUUGGGUGUCCACAGCGGAUUGCAAAACGGGGGAAUUAUGGAGCUUUCCUCAUGGAUAAUCUCUCUCUUGUCAAGUCUCUGGUAGAAAAGUUAGCGAACAAUCUUAGUGUUCCAGUAUCAUGCAAAAUCCGAAUUUUCCCUAAUUUGCAAGAUACACUCAGUUAUGCGAAGAUGUUGGAGGAUGCAGGUUGUUCUCUUCUAGCAGUGCAUGGACGAACAAGGGAUGAAAAAGAUGGGAAGAAAUUCAGAGCCAAUUGGGAGGCCAUCAAGGCUGUCAGAAAUGUCGUUAGAAUUCCUGUCCUGGCAAAUGGUAAUAUAAGGCACAUUGAUGAUGUACACAGCUGUUUGGAAGAAACUGGUACCGAUGGGGUACUUUCAGCCGAUCCUCUUCUCGAGAAUCCAGCCCUCUUUGCUGGAUAUCGAACUGCUGAAUGGGGAUUGGGCAGUGAAGGAUUCAAGGAAGACGAUAAGCUGGAUCAGGCUGAGUUACUGAUAGAAUAUUUGAGGUUUUGUGAGAGAUACCCAGUGCCUUGGAGAAUCAUCCGUUCUCAUGUGCACAAGUUGCUGGGAGAAUGGUUUAGGAUCCAGCCAAGUGUGCGAGAGGAUUUUAACAAACAAUACAAACUUACUUUUGAAUUUCUUUAUGAUUUAGUGAAUCGAUUAAGAGAACUUGGGGUGAGAAUACCGCUUUAUGUGAAGGAUACUCAGGAGGCAAUAUCUUCAAAUUGACUUGUUCAAGUUUUGUUGUUAAUCUGAAAGAUGGAGCUUUGCUGUGGUAAACCCACCAGCUUUUGCUGGUCAUUCUUUUCACUCCAGCUUGUGCUUGAAAAGGAUUCUGCACUCACUAAUGUUGGUAAGAGUUUGUGCAAACGUAUCUCAACCUUUUACCUCAUUUUUUGUAUGAUUAUGUACCGACAUUUUUCUUGUAUCAUUGAGAUAAAUUGCACAGGGGUAUUAGCACAUCUCGAAUUGUAUUCAGACUAAUUAUUUGUAAGGUGACUAAUUGUGAUGCAAUUGGACUUGAUGCUCCAGAUAGCACCUACAACAGAAACUUGAUGCGUUUAGUAAAAUUCUGUAUUCUGUCAAA